AUGAGAACAAAUUGUCUUCGUUCUGGAAAUAUUGGAGUUAAAUCAAUCAACACAAGUUUCUGUGAAGCAGACUAUGACUCAGGAAUACUUCUUGAAUAUGCAACAAGUCUAAGUAACGUAACAUAUUCAUCAUUUUGUAACACAACAUCAAAUUAUUUAAUUGUACAAUUAUCUAUUGGUAAUUUUAAUUUUAAUUUUUGUAAUGUUUUGAAUAAUGAACACAAAGUAUCUACAUGGGGAACAUUUGUUUCAUGGGAAUCAACUGUUCUUAUUGAAAACUGUUCAUUUCUUGGAAACACAGGACCAGGAGAAGAAUUUUAUCAACUAUUUUUUGGUUCAAUUACAGUUAAAGAUUCUUUCUGUGACAGAAUAAUAGAUAAAACAUAUGGAUCAGUUACAACAUAUAAUGUUCAAAAUAUAUAUUCUAUUCAUAAUCUUUCUCACUUUUCAUCAUAUCUGUGUGAAACUGAUUAUCCUAUUUUAGAUUUAGUGAUAAAGAAGAAUAUUAUCACAAAAUAUGAAAUUAUUUAUCAUUAUUCAUAUCAUUUCAUUACUUCUCUUUGUAUUGUUUUAGUAAAUAAAUAA